UGUGUUAACCUGGCGGAACUGAAAUCGGGUCUUCCAACAAGUGGGUUCAUGCUGAUUGCGAGAGGAGUACGUAGUUAUAUUAUAUUAUCUUUAUUAUUAAUUUCGGUCGUAUGAUCGAUCUCUCCCAAACUAACGGUUGUCUACUGCCGCUGCCCAAUCAUCACGACCUUGCACCUGAGUACCGCCCAUUCCAUUAAUUAUUCACGAGACAAAAGAUCUGCAAGAUGCUUGAAAACUAUAAAAUUCGUCAUGCUACCAGAGAAGACUGCGCAGAGAUAAAAAAGUUGAUACAGGAACUUGCAGAUUUCGAAAACUGCUCAUCUGGACCAAAACUCUCUGUAGAAGACCUGCAAAGAGAUGGUUUUGACAGCGUGCCUCAAAAAUUCAGUUGUUUGGUUGUGGAAGAGACCACAGUUGAAAAAGACGGCUGCCUGUGUGGCUAUUUGAUCUACUUCCCAACCUACUCGACCUGGGAAGGUGCAUCCCUGAGGAUGGAGGACCUUUAUGUGUCACCGGCUCAUCGAAAAAACGGCCUAGGCAGAUUGCUGAUUUGUCACUUGGCGAAGGAAGCCGAGGAGAAAGGUUGUCGCAGGAUCGAUUUCUCUGUGCUCACUUGGAACCCGGCUAUCACCUUUUACAAAAGCAUGGGCGCCCAAAAUAUCAGCGACUUGGAGCAGUGGGCAAUGUGGAGGUUUGACAAGGAUGCGAUCAAGGAACUGGCUGAAAAGGCAAAAAAUUAACUAACUGAUAAAAAUGAAAAGCUUAGGAGAGAUAAUAAUAAAUAAAUUUUAAUCUUGAUA